UGCCAAAACAAAGUGUUAAUGCUGCGCUAAAUGAAUGAAUGAAUGAAUGAAAAAAUGCAUUAAUUAAAUUCAUGAAUGAAUGAGGGCGUGUCACGGAACCGCAUGGCUGCCGUUUAGUUACCCCGAGAUGCAAGAACCAGAAGGGCUGAGAGCAGCACCCACGAGACAUCCAGUAAACACAGCGUGAGACUGACCCCGAGUGUUUAUUUAAUUGGAAUGGCUGCCUCUGGAAAGCUUGCAUCUUUCCGCCUACCUCCCUUGCCCACUGUCAGUGAGUUGAUAAAGCUGUACAAGCUGCGAGCUGAGAAACAGCUUUCUCAGAACUUCCUGUUGGACUUAAAGCUCACAGACAAAUUAGUGCGCCAGGCCGGCAAUUUGAAAAAUGCUUACGUGUGUGAAGUUGGUCCGGGUCCCGGUGGCUUGACGCGCUCCAUUCUGAACGCUGGGGCUUCAGACCUGCUUGUGGUGGAGAAGGAUUCACGUUUCAUCCCCGGAUUAACGUUGUUGUCUGAGGCAGCACCGGGCAAGAUGAGGAUUGUCCAUGGUGACAUUCUUACUUACAAAAUGGACAGAAGAUUCCCAACAAGUAUCUGUAAGCCUUGGGAGGAAGAUCCACCAAACCUUCACAUCAUAGGGAAUUUGCCCUUCAACGUGUCCACCCAUCUCAUCAUCAAAUGGCUAGAGAACAUGGCUAACAGGACUGGUCCUUUCGCUUAUGGACGCACCCAACUUACGCUCACCUUCCAGAAAGAGGUGGCAGAGAGGUUGACAGCCAGCACGAAGAGCAAACAGAGGAGCCGCCUGUCUAUCAUGGCUCAGUAUCUUAGCACAGUCCACCACUGUUUCACCAUCCCCGGAAGGGCUUUCGUUCCCAAACCAGAGGUGGAUGUUGGAGUUGUUCACUUCACUCCUCUGGUUGAGCCUCAAAUCCAGCAGCCCUUCAAACUGGUGGAGAAAGUGGUGAGGAAUAUUUUCCAGUUCCGCAGGAAGUUCUGCCACAAAGGAAUCGGGAUGUUGUUCCCUGAGGCCAGUCGUGACGCGCUGACAGAGGAGAUGAUGCACAAGGCAGACGUGACGCCCACCCUGCGGCCCACAGAACUCACCAUCCCCCACAUCAGGACGCUAGCAAACGUCUACGCUCAAAUGUGCGCCCGCGACCCGCACCUGAUCGGCUUUGAGUUCCGAGACGAGCUGCGACUGAAAAAAUUGUCCAGGCGCCAGAGGAGCGCAGAUGCCGAGUGGGACGGCGAAGAGCCCCCGGCGACCACGGUGAAAGGGACAGAGGAGACGAGCUCCUCUUAGCGGCGUUGACAUUUCCACCUGGCGCUGAGAUGCAUUUUUUAACACGCUUUUACACGCAACCAGCAGCAACAACUCAGCAUGUCUGCUUCAAGUUGGGGGACAUAAUGGAGUGUUUGUUGUAGAAUAGCUCAACUAUCAUGUGGGUGUAAAUAACAUGACUGCAUCAUGUCCAGGUCAUUUAUUUGUCUGUCACUUGGGAGGCGGAGUCACGUGGGAGGACGAUAAGCCAUGAGGACACAUGCGGAACGUGUGAUGUGUGGCGGGAAACCAUAUCUCAUAUCUUUUUUUUUCAUUACUGUAACUCACCGCUAUGAUGUCACAUUGGUUUCUAAUAAACAAAAAAAGUCA